AUGGGCAACUCCAACACAAAAGAGUCUCGUCCCGAGGGCGAUCCUCGUCAAUAUGCAGGUCCCGGCGAUCCCUCAGUGCGCGAGCAUUUACAAACCGCCAACUCGAGAUCGAACCGACGAAUGAGCAGAGCAGAGAUAAACAUCUUCGGUAUCGGUCCCAGCUCCUCCCGCAAUCGUGAGCAACCAGAUGUUCCCUUUGAGCGUCGCGAGACAAAGCAGGAGCGUGAGGCGAGGAGGUUAGAAAGGGAGCGCGUGGCUCGGGCGAAGGAACGGGAGAGGAGUAUGCGCGAAGAGCACGUUGAUGGUGGUUAUCUGGUGACGUUGGGCACCUACACUGGUACUGAGGACUUUAGCAAGCCUGUUGUAAGGCAGCUGCAGAUAGAGAGAAAGCUUGCGCCAUUCUGGCGAGGCCUCAAUGAUUGGUCUUCGAGCUGGGCAGAGCAUCAACUUGUCGCUGCUGCCCGUGGCCUUCCUAUCCCCCCCGCCGAUGCGCCUCCCGACCCAGAACUGAUUCCGCAACCUCCUCCUGCAGAGAAUCCAUCUUCUUCGAACCAGAACCUCCAGAACUUGACGGUGCCUAUGGGACCUAGGACACUUUCUGCCGCCUCGGAUCGCAGUGGAUCAAACACACCCUCCGGUCUCCCUUCGCCGUCGACACCUGGAACGAGCAAGUCGCCUUUCAAGCCUCGAGCCAAGGCCCUUGCUGCUGCACUCAGCGGUGGUUCUCGAAAUGCAUCCUCGACCGAUUUGACGCCUAAGGAGAUCGCUCUCCCUCAUGAUCCCUUUGUGAACGGCCAACCCAUGGAGGUUUUCCUGUACAAAGACGCCGAGGAGUGCCCAAUCUGCUUCCUGACAUAUCCUCCUUAUCUGAACCGCACCAGAUGCUGUGACCAGAAUAUCUGCAGCGAAUGCUUUGUUCAGAUCAAGCGUGCCGAACCUCACCUUCCUGAGCAUCACCCGAACGGUGAAGCUCGAGACCCCAACGAGGGUCUCAACCCGGACGAUCCGCCCGAGAUGCUUAUCUCGGAGCCCUCGGCAUGUCCCUACUGCCAACAGCCCGAAUUCGGCGUCACAUACGACCCUCCCCCCUUCCGCCGGGGUCUUGCCUACUCGAGCGGCCCAUCACACGGCACAGCCAUGUCUUCGCAGACUUCACUAAACAGUACACUACAGACCCCACCCAUACACGGCCGUCGACGCGCACAUAGUUUGUCUGCGAACGCGCCGAAUGUCAUCACCACCGAUCGCGUACGUCCCGACUGGGCGUCGAAACUCGCAUCAGCGAGGAACCACCAAGCACGAAGAGCUGCAGCGGCUACUGCCCUUCACACGGCUGCAUUUCUCAUGGGCGGAAACGAACAGAGAUCGAUUCUUCGCCCUAGCCGAUUUGGCCGAAGGAACACUGGAAACAAUGAUUCAAAUGCUAGUCCCAGCCCCAGCGGACAGGGUCAAGCAGACGGUGCACAAGACGACGCGAGCGAGGGACCGGAGCCUGGAGCUAGGGGAUCUUCACGGAACGGUACAGGACGAAGGAGUCGCAUGGACGAACUUGAGGAGAUGAUGUUUAUGGAGGCUGUUCGUCUUUCCCUUGCUUCUGAAGAAGAGCGCAAACGUAAAGAGGAAAAGGCUAUUCGAAAGGAGACUAAGAGACGAGAGAAGGAGGAACGCAAAGCCGCCAAGAAGGGUGGAAAUCCAUACAGUGGGAGUGCAAGUGGUGCGAGCGCUAGUAGCUUGUCACUCGGAGGAUUGGGUCGACGACGAGGCAACAGUACUGCCAGCAAUCUCCGUGUUGAAGCUACGAUGUCCAGGGCAUCACAAGCUUCGAGCACCCCGGACUCGCCAGCAGAACCCAAGGCUAAGGACGAUGGGCCCGCUGGAAAAGGCAAGGGAGUGGAUCGAGGCGCAUCUGACAGCCAGGCUGGACCAACAUCGUCAUCGAGUUCUCUGCCACUACCGGCUGGACCUACGCGUGGAGGAUCACAUCUUAGGCAGAUGAGCAAUGCCUCCUCGGUUGGGUCUUCAGUCAACGAUAGUCCUGUUGGCACAUACACAGGGCCUGAUUACUUGGGCGGCGACUUGGGUCCUCGGUCUAGUGGACUGAGCCUCGGUGCCUACAGUGACGAUGGAGAACGCGACGGCGGAAGCGCCGGGUCCGAGCCCAUGUUCAACUUUAGCAGUCUUGCUCAAAUGGUUGGCGCCGAUCUCGAAAAUGGCCAGAUGCGCCGUGACGAGGAGGGAGAGUCUCACGAUACACAUGGUCGCCCACUCUCACAAGUGAAGGAGGAUGAGAAGGAAGACGCAGAGGCAGAACACGUGGAGGGUGUGACAACUGCCAAGACAGAAGUUGUCCCUAGUUCUUUGGCUGCUCCGGCUGUCAUGAUCACACCAGAAACUCCCGCGCCUGUGGAUGAGGCAGAACAUGAGGCUAAGCAACUCGGACAUUCUGGGUUUACAACGGUGACGGAUCGACCUGCUACGGAACAGGGACACGUUUAG